AUGGGAAAUUGCUGUUCUAUUGACGAUAAUAACCAUAGCAAUCAGAAUGUCAAAGGCGCUAUAUAUCAGCAACCUCCCAUAUAUUCACAACCACCUUAUCCACAACCCAUAUAUACACAACGACCCUUACCACCCUUACCAAUAUCUGCACAGGGUCCUACUUACAAUUUUCAACACAUACAACAAACUCCUAUAUACAACAUUCCAUCACCUAGAAUAAACUCAUAUAUAAAUGAUAAUUCGCUUCAAGGUGAUUUUGGUGGUUAUUCUUCGCAAAGUCCCAUUGGUAUUUUUGGACAACCAAAUGCUUAUGACCCUCAAAAAGAAGCAGCAAAUUAUGAUGCUAGUGAUGCUGCCUCCAUAUCCUCAAUUAAUGCUGAAACCACAGUCGAAAGUCAUUGUUUUAAUUGUACUAGUAAAGUUGUGGAUAUUGAUCUCGACGGAUAUCCCAGCGAAUAUUGUAGUGAUCAAUGUCGAAAAGAUGCUUCCUAUGCCGGUUUUGCCAACCCUGUUUGCAUUCUUUGUAAAGAGUAUCCUCAGGUUACCAACUCAAAAUUUUGUGGCAAAAAACGCUGUAGAAAUCUACCAAAAUGUUAUUUAUGUAAAGUUAAAGAUGUUCAUAAAGGGUCAUUAUGGUGCUCGAAAUCGUGUAGGGAUAGAACACCUAAUUGGCAAAGUUUAACUGUUGAAAGGGCCAAUUAUAUGUGUUUGGUUUGUAAUAGAGAGUUUGCGUUAAAAGGAAGAGAUUUUUGUCGUGAUGAUUGUGAGCAGUGGGUCAAAACUAAUGUGCCAUGUCUACUUAAACUUCCGCAAAAUGCAGAAAAAUAUAAGGAUGUACUUAACCAAUUUAAAAUAGCAUGGAAGCAUCCACAUAAACGUGUUCCACAAGUUCAUUCGAUAUGGAAAAUAUAUUGCAAUAAUAUAUUGAAUAACAGAUAUAAUGCUUAUAAGGCGGAAGUUGAAAGCAUACAACAAUUAAAAGGUAAACCUUUUCCCAAAGGAGAAGGUCAGCGAACGAUGAGUGUUGGAAAUGAACAACGUAGAUUCCAUGGAACUAAAAUGAAAUGUCAAGUUGGAUUAAAGGAUAACAAAAUUUGUAUUGAUAAACAAUGUUCAGUAUGCGCCAUUAUAAGGGAAGGAUAUAAAUUAAAAUAUGUUGGCACAGGCACAAUAAGUGCGGCAUUUCAAAGAUUUGGAAGUGGGAUUUAUUUUUCUGGAACAUCAUCAAAAUCAGAUGAUUAUAAUGAAGGCUCAUUAAUAAAUUAUUUAGGAGCGAAUUAUAAAGUGAUGUUACUGAACAAAUUAGUCGUAGGCAAAGGAUACGCAUUAACUAAAGAUGCAAUGACUUUAACAAGUCCUCCCGAUGGGUAUGAUAGUGUACUUGGCGAACCAAGUACUUCCGGGAAUCUGAAUUAUGAUGAAGUCGUGGUUUAUAAAGAAGAAGCUUCUAUCCCACAAUAUUUGAUAGUUUAUGAAACUUUAUAA